AUGGAGAAUUUCAUAGAGUAUGGGAAAGCUACAGUAGUGAAUGGAGGUGUUCCUUGUCCGCCGAUUGUCGUCGUGAAUGGAGAAGCCAACUAUAUUCAAGCUUCUCUAACCCAACAAUAUUCCUCGGGCACCUCGGCGACAAUCACCUGUAACCUUGGUUUCAUCAUUAAUGGAGCAGCGACGGUGAAUUGUGCAAAUGGGGGCUGGCUUCCAUUACCCGGUACUUGCACGCCAACAACAGCGCCGGGUCUUCCCGGUCUUCCCGGUCUUCCCGGCUUGCCAGGCAUUCCACCAAUCGGUCUACCGGUGCCUGGAGCUCUUCCUUGUGGCGAUAUUCUGGUGCCAUUGAAUGGAGCGGUCACCUACACUGGUGGCACGGGUACAGCGCCCGGUGCACUCCAUCCAUCGGCUUCAUCGGUGACUUUAACCUGUAAUGGUGGCCAUGUGCUUCAAGGAACAGCCACCUCAAUCUGCACGAAUGGACUCUGGAAUCCACCGUUGCUCGGUAAUUGUCCA